AUGGUCCGUAGUGGAAAAAAUGGUGGGCUCCACCUGAAGCAGAUUGCAUACUACAAGCGAACAGGAGAGUAUCAUCCCACAACAUUAUCAAGUGAAAGAAGUGGAAUCAGGAGAGCAGCCAAAAAAUUUGUUUUCAAAGAAAAUAAAUUGUUCUAUGUUGGAAAAGACAGAAAACAAAUGCGCCUGGUAAUUGUUUCAGAUGAAGAGAAGAAAAAAGUGCUUGAGAAAUGCCACGAAAAUGCUGCUGGCGCUCAUCAUGGCAUAUCCAGGACACUGACUUUAGUGGAAUCUAAUUACUACUGGACCUCUGUAACAAAUGACGUCAAGCAGUGGGUGUAUGCUUGCGGGCACUGCCAAGUAGCAAAGAAUACAACCACCACAGCACCCAAAACACACCCUAUCAAAGCAGAGGACCCGUGGACAGCAGUCACCAUAGACCUAAUGGGACCUUUUAAUGUUACCAACAGAAGCCACAAGUACAUCAUAAUUAUGACAGAUUUGUUUACAAGAUGGGCUGUUAUCUUGCCACUGCAUGACACUUCAGCAGCUGAAAUUGCUAAGGCAAUCACAAAUGUGUUUUUUGUAUAUGGGCCACCUCAAAAAAUGCCUAUUGAUCAAGGGAAGGAGCUUGUUUAUCAGAUAAAUGAAGAACUGUUUGCAGUGUUUGGCAUGAAACAAAUUGUAUUGUCUUAUCCUCAGACAGAUGAUGUAAAUGAAAGAACAUGCAAGACAAUCAAAGCUUUCCUUAAUAAAUACUGCACUGAUCAUCCAAACAAUUGGGAUGAACAUUUGUCUGCUAUUGCCUAUGCUUUCAAUUUGACAAAUUUGGAACCAGAUCAAAACACCCCAUAUUUCCAAAUGUUUAAUCGUAACCCACAUGUUGUUGAGCCCACAAAUAUAUGUGUCGAAGGAGAAUACAGUAUGUUUGCCAAAAUAUUUGAAGCAACUAAAAAAGCCAGUCAAGCACUGGAAGAAGAGAAAACCUCAGACUGCCAGGUGGAGAAAAACACUUCAGAUGAACAAAAAAUCAGAAACAAAAUCACUAUUAAAAGGAAGCCGAAGCAAUUAAAUACCCUUCGACUUAAAGUUGGUCAUGAAGUCCUCAGGCAAAGAAAAAACUGGUGGAAAGAUGGUCGUUUCCAGUCAGAAUGGGUUGGUCCUUGUAUUAUAGAUUAUAUCACAGAUAAUGGCUGUGCAAUAUUAAGAGAUGCCACAGGAUCCAGGUUGAAAAGACCCAUCAAGAUGUCUCACCUCAAGCCAUACAUAAGAGGGUCCAGUGAAAAAG